CAGAUUUACCUCUGAAGGGAGCAUAGAACAUCGUUCCACGGCUAGGACGGAAAUCUGAGCAUGGAAAGUCUCCCGGAGAAGAGACACCGGGAGGAGGCCGUCGUGGUGUAUAUGUCUCCUCUGCUUCUGAGGCUUAUAGGAUUGCGAGCAUUCUCAAUGGCCACCGAGGGUUACGUAUCUGGAUCCCUCUCCGCCGCCUACGUCACUUGUCCCAAUGACAAAGUGGCCAAGGACAUUGCCCGGGGUCUGGUGCAGAAGAAGCUGGCGGCUUGUGUCAAUAUAAUACCACAGAUCACCUCCAUAUAUGAAUGGAAGGGGAAGAUUGAGGAGGACAGCGAAGUAUUGCUGAUGAUUAAGACCAGGUCAUCCAAAGUUCCAGCUCUGACGGAAUAUGUCAGGUCCGUCCAUCCAUACGAAGUGUGUGAGGUGAUCAGCGUCCCCAUAGACCAGGGGAACCCUCCGUACCUCUCAUGGGUUGAAGAAAAUGUCCCAAAAUGAGAGUUUGAUAUCCCCACCAUCCACAGUGUGAGGAUGUGAAAGGGUCAGUCCACCCAAAAGUGAUUGCUAGA